CUGUCAGUCUGCAUGAUUGAAGGCGGCCGGCUGAGGCGGCCUUCUGAGGUGCUGCGUCCUGCCGGGGGAGAUGCGGGAGCGGAGCCUGGUGCUGUCCGCCCCCGGGAAGGUGAUCCUCCACGGGGAGCACGCCGUGGUGCACGGCAAGGUGGCCUUGGCCGUGGCGCUGGACCUGAGGACCUUCCUCCGCCUGCGGCCCUGCAGCGAGGGCAGCGUGUGCGUCCGCUUGCCCGGCGUCGGCGUGGUGAGGAGCUGGGACACCCCUCGCCUCCAGGCCCUGCGGAGGGGGUUUGCAGCUGACUUUGAUGAAUCUAAGCCCCCCAGCGUAGAACAGCUGGAUACACUGAAAGAGUUUGCUGGAAUCGCUGCUGGAGCCUCAGCUCCUGAGAGCCUUGCUACCCUUGCCUUUCUGUAUAUGUGCCUGGCUAUUUCGGCUAAGUAUGGAGAUGUUCCGAGUGUGGACAUACUGGUGUGGUCCGAGCUGCCCACGGGAGCUGGGCUGGGUUCAAGUGCCGCCUAUGCUGUUUGCCUGGCAGCGGCCCUGCUGACAGCGUGUGGAGCCAUCUCCUGCCCUCUGAAGGAGGGAGAGUCCACAGCCAGGUGGACAGAAGAAGAGUUGACUUUGAUUAACAGCUGGGCGUUCCAAGGGGAGCGGGUAAUCCAUGGCAACCCCUCGGGUGUGGAUAACGCUGUUGGUACCUGGGGUGGAGCCCUGAGAUACCAAUCAGGAAAAAUCACACCAUUAAAGAGGGUACCAACACUGAGGAUUUUGCUGACCAACACAAAAGUCCCUCGAAGCACCAAGGUCCUGGUGGCUGGUGUCAAAGAGAAGAUCCUGAAGUUCCCUGCUAUAAUGAACCCGGUGCUGGACUCCAUCGAUGCAAUUUCUCAGGAGUGCCAAAGUGUUCUGGAAGCGAUGCCUGCAAAUCCAUCACCAGAGUAUUACCCUGUGCUCGAGGAACUCUUUGAUAUAAACCAACACCACUUAAAUGUGAUCGGAGUCGGCCAUCCCUCCCUGGACAGACUGUGCCGGGUGACAGCAUCCCACGGCCUGCAUAGCAAGCUGACCGGGGCUGGCGGGGGCGGCUGUGGCAUCACCCUACUGAGACCAGACACCUCCCCAUUGGCCGUGGAAGCAGCCAAGCGAGACUUAUGUGCCUGUGGAUUUGAAUGCUGGGAGACCAAUAUUGGGGCCCCCGGAGUGACCCUGCAUUCCUCCUCGUCUUUAAACGCCGAAGUGUUGCACGCGCUCUCUGAGAGUUAAGCUUCUGCCUCAGGCAAGACAGCUCUUGGCACCGUGUCCUCGGAGCGAAAGCUCUGUGCACCCUGAUGCCUGGAAACUUCUCUCGUGCUCUCCUGUGUGGCUGUGGGCCUCUCGACAUGGGUGCGGAGCCAAUUUUGGGCCUGGUAUCAUUGGGAGUGGGGGCUACAAUGAGGACCCGGGAGUAACUGCUUGCACGUGGGCUAGGUGUGAGUUUGACCCAGGGUCUCAAAAUCCUAUUUUGAAUUUACUUAACUGCUGUGCUAAUCCCAAGGGGCAGGAGGAGAGGGUCUUGGCUGGAUUCCAGCACGGAUAAUGACGCUUUGCUUGGUUCUGCUGCUUCAGAUGCAUGUGGUGUAUCUUCCCUUCUCCCCUGGUGCCCUGCGAGGGCGGGCAGUGAGGCUGGCAAGGUGGAUGUACAGAGCGCUUUGACGUUUUUGGGUGAAAAGCAUCUUGGCAGUUCAGAGCUUGACGCUCAGGUCUCUGUUUCUGCUGGACUGCAUUUCACAGUGGAGUGGAAACCUUUAAAUACGGCUCUUACCUGAUACUAAUUGAGUUGGAUAAUUAAAAUUAAAGAAACAGCACAUUUUUAAUGAUAUUAUCACUGUGUUCACUCUUUCCCAUCAUCUCUGCCUGGGCUGAUAAGCAGUGUCCCGUAGCCAGGCUGUAGUUCAAACAGCAACUGUCACCUGCAAGGAGGGUGGCUGAAGGCAAGCAAUGUCUUAACAUUUCCUCUUGCAGUAGCUGUUCUGGGAUGUCUCAUGCUUCAGCCUUAAACGAGCAUGUCCUUGACCCUGCCUGUGGUUGGGUGUGUAAAACACGCCACUGCCAGGGCGGGGGGAGGCUGGGGUGGGGUGGAGGGCGGUCGGUGACAGCACACACCAGCUCGGGUUAGUUGGAAGUAAUUGGGUUUAAGGGGGGGGGGGGGGGGGGAGCAGGACAACAAAAAAGGAACAAACCACCCCCAAACCACCUCCUCAAAAGCUGACCAGAACUUACAACUGGCAAACUAUAAAACCUAAAUGCAUUUAAACUUAUUACACAAAUGUAAAUGCAGUUUUUACUUUUGAAAUUUUAAUGAGUGCUACCACAGAACUGAAGGGAAUGGGCAGGUAAGUGUCUGAAGCCUGAGUAUCUUGAAGUAAUAAGCUGACUCUUAGUGGCUGUGGUCUCUUCUACCUGCCAAAGAGAUUUUUAUCAGUGUUUUGUUUGUCUAGGAGUUUUUAAAAGUGUAGCUCUGUUCAAGAAUUGCUGCAUUCAAAGCUGAGUAAUAAAUUGGCAGUGGUGGGGUAGCUUGCCUUCCUCUUCCAGUGCGGAAUAAAAAAAAAUCGAGUCUGAGAAGUUGAGAUGUACUAGCUCUAAAAUCCAGACACUGUGAUGACCAGCUUUAGUUCGUUGUUCAGAUGUAAAACUGUCUCUGGUUUUAAUAAAUUGAUGGGUUUUUUAUGUGCAAA